AUGAUGAUGAAGCCAUCGUUGAAAGAGAUCUCUAAACUUGCAAAGCUUAGCUCAAAUGGUCAGAUGAGGGAAACAAUGUAUUUUCCCGUUUCUAUCUCCCCAAAUCCCAGUUGCCUUCUCCUCCCUUCCACUUGUCGAUUGCUCUGUUGCCACCGAUCACCGCUACCCCCAACGGCCCUAAAUCGACGCAACCUGUUCACAUCGUUAUUUUCGAUUAGCAGUUUUUGGAGGGAAAAUAGUCAAUCUAUACGUAUCCCUACCAAGGAAAUUUCUGUCUUAGGACACUGCAAGGCAGGCCUCGAUCUCUACAAUUUCUUGAUUAUAUUUUUGUGUAAUCAUCAAACAAAAGGAAAUCAAAGAGUGAAGAAUGGAUCGAAAUUCCAUCAUCAAAACACAUGUAGAAAAGCCUGAGAAAUUCAAAGGCUCA